AUGGGCUUUCGAGUUGACCGAGCAUUACGUGCUACCCUUUCGCAUCUCGAGCUAUUACUUCGUGAGGCUGGUGACAAUGAAACCGGUAACCUGCUUAAGAAGAUACUUCAAUCCCCAGAGCAGAUAACUGCUCUUCAUCAGAUAUUCGCCUCGAACUUGAAGCGGACGAUUCGGGAUGACUCUGCUUUCUCUGAACGUCAUGCAUGGUUCCAAAGCUUCUCAUCACAAUCUGGAGAAAACCUGAGCGAGAAGCAAGUGAAUAAGCUUACCAAUAUCACCAAAAACUGGGCGCUUACGGAAGAGAGAAUUGAAGCUCUGUUGUUGUGCUCAGUUCUUUGGUCUAGUUGUCCGCAGCUAUUCUGGGAUGGCGACAUCCCUAACCCAAAUAUAUUCCGACGCUGCUUUGUUGACCUGGAACGGAUAAGAGAGAUUGAUCCAUUAAGAAGAAAGAUUUUGUUGAUCAUCUUGUCACAGCAGGUCCAGGAAUAG